AUGUAAUUAGUAAGAUUGACGACUAAUGCACAUACACCAAGAAAUGUGCCUUUGAGAUCUCCAGAAAAAACUUAAUCAAUUACUAUUCAACUACCAAAUUAUAUAUUUUUGGGUCCUAAAGAUAACAUUAAAAUAGUAAAAUUUACAAAGAACAUUUCAUCUACCAACAUUAAAUAAAUUAGAUCAAAUUCUCCAUGCAAGGAUUAAAAUAUGAAUUUAAUAAAUAAUGUAGGUUAGAUUAAGAAGAUGCAUCGAAAAACUACUAGUAUAUAAAUAACAACAUAAAAUCCUGAUCUUUUUAUUAAAUUGCAAUCUCAAGAUAGUAGUACUACACAUAAAUCUAGUAACAUAAUAGCUUUGUAGACAUUGUCAACUAAACAUAAACAUCAUCGAUCUGAAUUGACAUAAGAUACAAAUAAUGAGUAACUUAGCACUCCUAAUUUAACAGUUCCAACAUUAAAAUAUGUUGAAUAAUCUAGUAAUAUGUCAUAAGGACAUUUGUUUAAUAAAUCCAAUAAAUUAAGAGGCUAGAUUACAUUUUAGAAUAGUUUUUACUAUGAAGGAGAGAUUGUAAAACUUUCAGAUGCACUCAUUAUAGAAGGUUAAGGUAAUUUAUUUACUGACAACUCUAAAUUUUAUAUUGUGUAUGAGGGCAGAUGGAAAAACAAUAGUUUUCAUGGAAAAGGGAAAUACUACAACUAAUAUUAAAUAGAAUCUUCGAAUGAUUGGCAUUUCAAUUGGAAGAUGGUUGAAGGUAUAAUUGUAUUUUAAACUUAAGCAAUAUUCAACAAGGGUGAGAUUAUUGAAGGUAAAAUUGAUUUCUAUUAAACUGAGGAUACUAUUGCUUAUAAAAUGGAGAAUCCUAAAAUGAAAAUUACAUGA